GUGUGAGCCCACAUCCCUGCCCCCUGGGCCACCUGCAGGACGCUGGCCCCUGCCCCUCAGCAGACGCCGGAGAGAGAUGAGUAGCAACAAAGAGCAGCGAUCAGCAGUGUUCGUGAUCCUCUUUGCUCUCAUCACCAUCCUCAUCCUCUACAGUUCCAACAGUGCCAAUGAGGUCUUCCAUUAUGGCUCCCUGCGGGGCCGCAGUCGCCGGCCUAUCAACCUGAAGAAGUGGAACAUCGCCGAUGGCUAUGUCCCCAUUCUUGGCAACAAGACACUGCCCACCCGGUGCCACCAGUGUGUGAUUGUCACCAGCUCCAGUCACCUGCUGGGCACCAAGCUGGGUCCUGAGAUUGAGCGGGCGGAGUGCACGAUCCGCAUGAACGACGCACCCACCACGGGCUACGCAGCGGAUGUGGGCAACAAGACCACCUUCCGCGUGGUGGCCCAUUCCAGCGUAUUCCGUGUGCUGAAGAAGCCCCAGGAAUUCGUCAACCGGACCCCAGAAACCGUGUUCAUCUUCUGGGGCCCCCCAAACAAGAUGCAGAAGCCCCAGGGCAGCCUUGUGCGCGUCAUCCAAAGGGCAGGCCUGGUGUUCCCCAACAUGGAGGCCUAUGCCGUCUCUCCCGGCCGCAUGCGCCAAUUUGACGACCUCUUCCGGGGUGAGACAGGCAAGGACAGGGAAAAGUCCCAUUCCUGGUUGAGCACUGGCUGGUUCACCAUGGUGAUCGCGGUGGAGUUGUGUGACCACGUGCACGUCUACGGCAUGGUCCCUCCUGACUACUGCAGCGGUCCCGCCUGCAGCGCAUGCCCUACCACUACUAUGAGCCCAAGGGGCCGGACGAGUGUGUCACCUACGUCCAGAAUGAGCACAGCCGCAAGGGCAACCACCACCGCUUCAUCACCGAGAAGAGGGUCUUCUCAUCCUGGGCCCAGCUAUACGGGAUCACCUUCUCCCACCCCUCCUGGACCUAGGCUGCCCUGCCUGUGGGGCCCUCACCAGGGACGCAGGAGAGGUGGCUCUCGGCCAGCCACUCGACUAGGGGCCAUGUCCUGGCCCUUCAAGGCUGGCUGGAGUGUCUUCUGGCCAGUUAGGGUCUUGAAGAGGGUGUAUCUUCCAGCCAAUCAGGUCCCGGGGGUAUCUCUUGGCCAAUCAGGGAUUUGGGCUUCGAUGUGGUUAAUCAGGGGUGUCCGGGGAUUUCUUGUCCAGUCAGGGUCUGAGCAUAGUCAAUCAGGGUAUUUCUGAGUAAUGGGAGGCCAAGGA